AUGGCUGAAAAGUUCUCGACCCCAGACGCCAACCCAACGCUUACGCAGCCUCCCGCGCCCGUCAUGGCCCCUCCCGAGAAGUCAUCCGGUUUCCUCAAGGUCAUCGCCUUCUUCGAUCUGCUCGUCAAGCUCGCCGCGACGGGCGCCCUGUUCGGCAUUCUCGUCAUCCUCCUACGAAUCAACUCUCACAUCGGGGACGUCACCAGUGGCGACAAAACCAUGGUAGUCAGGAUCUCGCAACGAUUCGACUCGACACCCAUUCGCGUGUCGGCAUCGCAGGAGGUGUCGGGAGGAAAUUUCCAGGUCGAAUUGACGAACAGCAUCGACGACCCGGUUUAUUUCAAGGUGGAUCAAUAA